AACUCUAAUUUCCCUCUGGGAUUAAUUAAGUAUCUUUGAAUUUUAAUUAGCUCUGAGGCUACAGUGCUGCCCUGCUCCACCAUUUGCAGCAAUGUGUUGUUGCUCCAGGUGAACAUUUGGACAUUCUGCUGCUGUUGAUGAGUCUCUAGUGAUGUGUUUAUGAACAUGUUUGUCUGUUGGAACAUCGUUCGUCUUAUUGUUGACUUAAUGCUAAAAGUAAAAAAAUCCCCCUGAACUGGAGAAACAAGUUGCAACGCCCAACGGGCACGUUACGUCUCAAGACAACUUGGUCUAAGCCUCAGAAAACUUAGAACAAUACAGCAUUUUCUUUUCUUUCUUUCUUUUUUCACAGGAUUUUCUAAAUAAACCUAUGGAAGCUCAGUGGUUUCAGGAUUAUUUUAAUAUUUACUUAAAUGCAACAACGUGUUUCUUCUUGGUGCAGGACGCCACCGCCUGAUCACAGCAAACACCAAACAAAAAAUCAACAAAAGCAGUAGACUUUUGCAAAGGUUCUCACAUUUUAUCCGUCUUACUCAGUUAGCUUUGUUCAUCGUAGAUCUUAAAUGUCAAACGUUGUGCAGCAGCUUUUAAUGCUUGCCUCUCAUUAAUGUGAUCUUUGGUGUGUUUUCUUUCUCCGGUUGUUUGUCGCUGACGUUUACUUAAAUCUGUAACCUGAAGGAAAACUAAACCGACAGCAAACGCCUCUGUCCUCUCACGCACCUGGUGGUGUCGUGUUACAAACUGCUGCCUGCUUCCUGAUUGGCUGCAGCAGGGCAGGUACACUCGGGCUCCUGCUGCUGAGGCAUUUCCCAGACAAAUCUGGGGACAAGAAUCUUUUCAGCCAGCUGUUUGGCCUCUUCCCUUUUGAGCUAACUUGUGUUAGACCUCUGCUGAUGUGAAACGUUCACUUCUUGUAGCUGUGGGAGAUGAGAGGACGGUGCAACCUUAAGGAUCCUCCAGGAUCUGGGCUCUGCGCUCUGCUGCAGGAGGAACGUUCAGCCGAGACAGACCAAGAGUCCGUCAGAGACGGUGGCGGCGGGCAGAAUAAACGUUCCAGAUGUUCUGUUUAUGGCGGUGAGAAGGUCUACGUCGGUGUUCGCGUCAGAAAGCCAGUAAAGGAUCUGCUGAAGACCAUCCGGCUCUCCCAGGGUCAAGACAAACCAGAUUUAAAGGAGAGAGGCCGUAAGGGAAAAUCGGGAAACCUGCAGCGAGCAAGAACGCGCUCCAGAAACAAAGUCAUAAAGUGUUCGAUGAAAAGCCAGGAGGAACUCGCAAUCCUUAUAGAGGUGCUGGAGGAAGAUCUCAGAAAUAACAGCUUCCCCUUCUCAUCCCAAAAUCCACCCACAGCCAGCUUCCUGGAGAAUCCCGAGUCAUCUCCAUCUGGUCACGGGGAUGAAUAUGAUGAAAUCAUUCCCAGCCCAGAUUCCUACAUGUCGUACUCUCUGGGCAUUGCAGAGCACCACCUGCCCUCUGACUGCAGCUUUGCCAGCUUCCAGCCCUCCAGUGAUGAAAGUGGAGACAUGUGGUUUGAGCCUCAGGACAAACAGUGGGACCAGAACAGCUGUGAUUUCUUUUGGACUCAGCUGCAGAAAGAGGAGAGCCAGCUGAGGGCAACCUCUGACGCAGAGCUUCUAGCCACCGAUGGACAUGGCAGGACACUUCUGCAUGAAGUGGUGUGUAUUGGAAAAAGGGCAUUGGCUUACGCCAUCGCCAAAAGAAUGGUAGCACUCAACAGCCUGGACCUUAAAGACACUGAGGGAAUGACCGCCCUUCUCUACGCAGCGAAGCACAACCAACACCUCAUGGUGGCAGAUUUGAUCCAUUUGGGAGCAAACAUCAAUGAAAGGAACAACUCAGGAAAGUCCUGUCUCCAUCUGAGCGCUGAGAACGGCUACAUCAGAAUCUUGGAGGUUCUGAAACAAGCAUUAAUGGAUGGUGUGUACGUUGAUGUUGAUGCCACUGAUAACUCUGGAAUGAGCGUCCUGCAGUGUGCUGCUGCAGCUCUGAAGGCCAGUGUGAGUGCAGGAGAAAGCUUCUCCCAGGAUCACAGCAGACUUCGCACGCUGCGUCAGCAGCACAUGGUGGAAACCCUGGAGUGUCUGCUGCAGAUAGACAGCUACCUGCAUACCACAGCUGCCCUGUCUGUAACAGGUACCGACAGUUUCUUAUCACUAAGUGACUCACAAAUUACUGCAUUUAAAACACACAGCUUUUUAUCAUGGUUUGGUCAAAGUUCAGGAUUAACAAGCUAAUAGCUAGUCAGAAGUAGAUGUUCUACCAUCUUAAAAGUGUUCUAACCUCAAAUUAAACAAAGUUACCUGUAUUUAUUACCCUUAAAGCUUACCUACAGCGGGCCCGGUAAUAGCUGAUCUCUCUUUAGCCCGACUGAAAGGCCAACACAUUUAAAGCACCAUUAAAUACUGUUACUAACCUUUUAUCUUCAUACUUUCUGCAGCUCAACACUCUAGUUUGUUUUUACAGAAACACGAGAUUCUUUUGUCUCUUGAUGACUUUUGUUUUCUGUCUCUCAGGGGAGCCAGAGUAUGCAGCUCAGAGUUGGCUCCACAGCCAACACGCUCGCCCGGCAGGGCUUUUUGAAACCCCGACAGUAAUGUUCUGAGUCAGUUCAGGCUUGACUUUGGAUGAGAAACAAUAUUUAAUUGGUUCCUCAUGCCCAAGGAUCAGUUCAGGCCUGUCACGUAUGUGAAGCAUCUGGUGUUGUGUUUGUGGUAAAAAUACCUGACUUGCAAUCAGGUGUUUUGUUGUUGCCUAGACACAAAUGUUAGAUGCACAUUAGCUGGUUUCUGUGAAACUUCAAUUGUUUGUUACAUGUAACAAGUAAGUCCUCAAGCAGCUGUGUCCCAUAAGAUUCUGAAGGUGGAUCUAUUAAACAAACGUACCUCUAAAGGGACAGGAAAUAAGUCAGCUGAAGGCUCCUUAGGUGUUUUGUUAAUCCUACAACAAUAACACAUGUUUGGAUUUGUAAUGUAUUAUUGUGCAGGUGAAAAGCAGAAAUCCUAGAAAUGUGUUUAUGGUGCAGUGAAUGGACAGGAUCUGGUCAUAAAACACUCCAAGGUCUGUCUCGAUAGGCAAAAGUUGCCAUGCAUCUAAAGGGAGAGGCUGAUGAGCUCCAGUUUAAAGAUAACAAUCGUUCUACUUGAACAGAGAUUUAAGUAAUUGAAACUUUUUUCUUUGUAGGCUAAUCAAUGAAAUCAUUUAAUUUGGCUUUCUGAAUAAAUAAAACAUCAGUAAAGCAGAGAAAAUUCAGUCCAUCUAGUCAAAACUCAUCUGGGAGCAGAACAUGAAGCUCAUAGGUCCGAGCACCUAGCUCUGUGGAACUCCGUGAAUAAUUUUUAUAUAAGGAAGGUUCCUCAUCAUGAGCAUAAGGACUAGUUUCUAACACUGUGUGGUGUUACGUUAUCACACGUGUUUUUAUACCCGACAGACUCGUUGGUUUAUGAGACGUGUUUUUAAGCAGGUCCUCUAUUUAAAACAACUAACAUCUUAAAAGCAGAUUGCAGCAUCUCUUCAUAAACCCAGAUAAGUCCUAACUUGUUUAUUAAAUGUUUAAUUACAGUAAUCUUUCUUGUUUAAAUGUAUAUAGUGGAUUCUUUUGACGUGGUUUGUAAAACGUCCUCAUGUUUGGAGUGAUGCAUGCUGAUAUAAGCUGCUAACAGGUGGCUGUUGUGCUUUUUGAAUGUUUAUUUUCUUCUGGUUUAAUAAAGGUGGUGUUAACAUAAUGUGUUUGUUGUACUCAAACACUUCACAGAGUUGUCAGAAAUGUCUGUCGCUGGAGAAACUCACUGCUGACAUUUUUGUUUUGGGUAUUUUAUUUUGACUUUAUUAUAAAUGUGAAAACUUCACUGAAACAAA